AUGAAAGCAAUACCGGCAUUUCCCAAGGAGCAGGGCAUUGUACAAAAGCCACAAGCACGCGAGCACGCGAAAUACCGUGCGCGCUCACUAGCCAAUGGUUCAGGCGUGGCCAGUGGCUCAGGCCAGUGGCUCAGGCCAGUGGCUCAGGCCAGUGGCUCAGGCCAGUGGCUCAGGCCAGUGGCUCAGAUUGCUCUCCUCCUGUCCGGCAUCAUGGUCCUCAAGAAAUUGAUGUCCGCUAAGGGUUCUGGCGGAGGAGGUGGCCACGAGUCCAGUGGUUGGUCAUCUGGCGGCAGCAGCGGUGGUUGGGACAGACGCGCUUAUGAUGAACUGGCUUAUUCAGCAUAUAAACCAGAAUAA